AUGAGAUCUACCACUCUUCUCCUGGGCCUUGCCCUUUUCACUCUGUGCCUGUCCAGCUAUAGCCAGGCCCAGGAUGACCCCACCACGCCCACCGAUGGCAGCACUACGCCUACGGAUGGCAGCACUACGCCUACGGAUGGCAGCACCACUCCCACUGAUGGCAGCACCACUCCCACGGACGGAAGUACCACCCCCACCGAUGGCAGCACUACUCCUACCGACGGAAGCACUACCCCCACGGAUGGCAGCACCACUCCCACUGAUGGCAGCACCACUCCCACUGAUGGCAGCACCUCGCCUUCGAAUCCUUCGUCCGGAUCCUCCGACUCACCUGCCUCUGGAAGCGACAGCGAUAGCGACAGCAGCGGUAAUAGCGGCAGCAACAACAACCGCAGGCGAAGGCGCCGCCAACAGAUUCAGCGUCGUCGUCGCCAGCGCCAGCGUCAGAGGGCUCAGCGCCAGAGGAACCGCAGGAACGCCAUGAGGAACACUAUCAGGAACAAUAACAGGAGCGGUUAA